CUGACGCCGGAAAAAACUUUGGACAUCAAUAUAUGCAACUAUUGCCUGUCAUAAUGUCAACGCUCCCAAGAAUUUUGUGGUCGCAAACUGCCCACAAUCAGGAUCACAAUCAGAAUUGCAUUACCAUGGUACUUCAGGGAGACAAAAUAUUACCUUCAGACAUCACUCUUACGCCGACAUCCUUCUCCCUCAAUGGUGAGAAAUGUGCAUGUUCAUUCGAACUUUACGAUGAGAUCAAUCAUAUGCAACCCUCGUAUGAGUUUGACGGUGGUUGGUUGGUAGUCAAGGUGCCAAAGAAGAGUCUUUCUGGCUUAUACUGGCCGACCUUGACCAGGGAACAGCUGCCAUUCAUAGUGACAGAUUUUAAUCGGACCGUUGAAGUAGACGACCAAGACAUAAUUAGUCUUGAAUGGUUUAACUCAGAUUCGCACCACCAGCUCUGAUGCAUCUACUUCGGUGUAUAUGUCAAAUCGAGUCAAAAGGUUGGCGAUGGUCCUCCGCAUAAAUUCCGACCGCGUUUACAAAUUCAAGGGCUACCAGCCUGGAAAUUGAAGUUUUACAUUUGUCAUUCGGUAUAAGCAGUGCCUGGCUUAGGGUAGAAACUCGUUAUGAAUUUGCUUCAUUUUCUGCGACUUAGUAUUCCGCGCGUGAAUGAGAGGUUAACGGAAAUGCAAACCAAAAUGUGGCUAUACCACUUGGAAG